UGUCAGAACGCUGUUGCUUCUGCAGAAUCUGAAUCAUCUGGCGAUCAAGCAACUCGUAUAUCAACGAUCGACAUCAGUGAACUAUUAAACUUAAGAAUCGACCAACGAAGAAUGGAUAUUCAAAUCAAAUUCCUGAACGGACAUACGUACCCCCUGGCGGUGAGCUCAAGUAUAACCGUUGGAGACUUAAAGAAACGCAUCCAGAAGGAGAGCGACGUUACACCUGCACGCCAGAAACUCUCUAACGGAAACGGGAUUAACUUCAGCAAUGAUUCCAGCACCCUCGGUGCCCUCGGCUUGAAGUCUGGUUGCUCGCUCAUGGUUCUGGUAACGGAUCCCCCGCCUAUCCAGGUGUUCCUCAAGAACGAGAAAGGUCAGACUUCCACCUAUGACGUGACGCCUGGUGAAACCGUCACUGCUUUCAAAAGCAAGGUCCACAGAAGGGAGAGAGUUCCAGUGGACCAGCAGAGAUUGAUUUGCAACGGCAAGCAGCUUGAUGAUGGCCGCACACUUGAAGACUACAACAUUAAAUCUGAGAGCACCAUUUUUCUCACACUCCGUCUCAGAGGAGGUUAAUUUGAAAAUGAAUUAAUCUGAGGAUUAUUUAAUUCUAUUUAAUAGAAUCAUUUAUAAUAAUUGAGCACAAAUCAUUCCGAUGCCAAACAUUUUCUUUUAAUAUUACCCAUUCAUUUCAAUGAUUAACUUAAUUGUUAGAUAUAGGCCUUAUUGUUAAUGUUUGUCUGUUAAUAAGUUAAUAUGCUUGAAUAAACAUCUUUUAAAAAUA